GCGGCGAGAGCCCCCCGGUGACCGCGGUGCGGGAUGCUGCCUGCCAGCCCGGCCGCUCGCGCGCCCUCCGCCACCCCUGCCCCUGCCUCCUGGGCCAUGCCCCGCUGUUUACAUGCAGGUGAAGCCCCCGGCCACUCCGAGCCGCUCCGAGCCCCGGCUCCCCGACGGUGAAGCCAGCCGGCCCGCGAACUGGACUGGUCGCUCAGACCUGGGCCCUCCGGACUUAGAUCCCCGCCUGCUCGGCCGCCUUCGCCACCAUCUGGGCGGGAUCCGGCUCUGAUGUUUUGAGGAGGGGGUGUGGUGUAGGGAAAGGAAUCCUGGGGAUUUCUGGCUUCCCCCCCUUUUUUGGCCUUCGGGGCUUCAGACUCAGGGAACUCGCUCAUGGCUUUCUUGAUGAAGAAGAAGAAAUUCAAAUUCCAAACCACUUUCACCCUGGAGGAGCUGACUGCGGUCCCCUUCGUGAACGGAGUCCUCUUCUGCAAGGUCCGGCUGCUGGAUGGCGGGGAUUUUGUCAGCCUGUCGUCAAGGGAGGAGGUGCAGGAGAACUGCGUGCGGUGGCGGAAGAGGUUCACCUUCGUGUGUAAGAUGAGUGCCAACCCGGCCACCGGCCUGCUGGACCCCUGCAUCUUCCGCGUGUCGGUGCGCAAGGAGCUGAAAGGCGGGAAGGCUUAUUCCAAGCUGGGCUUCGCCGACUUGAACCUGGCCGAAUUCGCAGGCUCAGGCUCCACAGUGCGCUGCUGCCUGCUGGAGGGAUAUGACACGAAGAACACUCGUCAGGACAACUCCAUCCUCAAGGUCACCAUCGGAAUGCUCCUGCUCUCCGGAGACCCCUGCUUUAAGACGCCACCAUCCACCGCCAAGUCCAUCUCCAUUCCGGGUCAGGACUCCUCCCUGCAGCUGACGCGCAAGGGCGGUGGGACCAGCGGCAGCGGCAGUGGCUCCCGGCCCCCCAAGGCGAGGCCCACCAUCCUCAGCUCAGGGGUGCCGGAGGAGGCCGAACAGAACCUGUCCAGCCCCGAGGAGGUGUUCCACUCCGGCCACUCCCGCAACUCCAGCUAUGCUAGCCAGCAGUCCAAGAUCUCUGCAGGCUGCAGCACGGAGCACUCCCGCUCCUCCAGCCUCUCAGACUUGACGCACCGCCGCAACACGUCCACCAGCAGCAGCGCCUCCGGCGGCCUCAGCAUGACUGUGGAGGGCCCCGAGGGCAGCGAGCGGGAGCACCGGCCCCCCGAGAAGCCCCCGCGGCCGCCACGGCCCCACCUGUCCGACCGCUCGUUCCGGCGGAAGAAGGACUCUGUGGAGAGCCACCCGACCUGGGUGGAUGACACUCGGAUCGACGCGGACGACAUCGUGGAGAAGAUCAUGCAAAGCCAGGACUUUACGGACGGCAGCAACACUGAGGACAGCAAUCUCCGGCUGUUCGUGAGCCGUGAUGGCUCCGCCACGCUGAGCGGCAUCCAGCUGGCAAACAGGUAGGGGUCGCGGUUUGGGGUUGGGUCACUAGGGUGGCCUUGGGGCACGCCGCUGAGAGCACGGUCUCGACAGACGCUGACCUGGCUUUGAAUAGCAGUUCUGCCCACCACAGUGUCACCUUGGACCACUCACUUCUCUCUGAACCUCAGUUUCCCUGUCUGUCAAAUGGCAUGGGCCACCCUGUCUCACCUAGAAGCCUGGGGUUGGUUCCAAGGGUAGCUUGGAAAGUGCCUAACACAGGGCUUGGCCACACGGCGCGGGCUUCAUCCGUCUUUGUUUGGGAUCCUGCUUUUCCCUUCCUUCUGGAUCUGGGAACCCCUAAAAAUGAUGAUGAUGACUCAUUUUAUUUGUUGAAUAAAUAUUUAUUGCGCACCAGCCACACACCAAGCACUGAGCUAGGCGCCGGGGAUACAGCAGUGAGCAACGCGGAUUUGUGCUUGUGUGAUGUUUACCUGUGAGGGUGUGGUAGGCUGAACCUGGUGCUUCCACUCUACAGUUUGUAGCAUGUUUCCUGGCUCGUGAGUGAGGCAGUGAGUAGAGGAGCUCCCUCUGUGCAGGGCUGUGCUGAAGCCUUUCCCCCUGUUCCCCUGGGCUGGCCAGGAAAGUGCGCAGUUCACA